AUGGGCCCACCACUGCUGGCCGCCUUAUCGGCCAUUUUAGCCUUGUACCGAGUCACCAUCAACCUACCAGACGUACCCUUCUCCGCCGAACUCCGUCGUCCUCAUUCGGACGAAUUUAAAAGCUUGGCCGAACAGGUUUCGGAAUCGGCGAGAAAGGUGUUUAAACAUGAACACAACUUCUACAACGUUAGUGUGCUUCAGUUUAGGUAAAUUUUGGGCUUGGUUUUUUAAUUUUUAAAAAAAUUAACGAGGAAGGUACCCAACCUACCCCGCUCAGAAUCAGCUCAAAGUUUUUAUAUGAAUUCUUUGUACCACCAGUAGUCCUCAUAAAAAAUUUUAGUUUGCGCUUUUGAGUUUUAAAUUUUAAAUAUUUGGUUUCUCGCCAAAUUUGGCAUUGUGUUUCAAGCACUUUUUUCGACUUUUCCAGACAAGCUACGCUUACAAUUUAAAAAAAUGCAGGUUUAUUUAAAGGUUUUCUACUAUUAUGUCAAAGAAAAAUCCCUAAAAGGCAAAAAAUGGUAAAGUUACAAGCUUGAAACACAAUGCCAAUUUUGCGGGAAAUUGGAAAAGUGAUUUUUUGAUCUCAAUUUUCUUGAGAUUUCCUGGAAAGCGCGAUUUGUUACUUUGCAGUAGAUCUUAUAUUUACAUGCUCUUUCUAUAUAAAAAGUUUGAAGUCAAUGAAAGUGGGGCAGGUCGGGCACGUUCCUUGUAUCUUUUGGCGGGAAACAGGAAUUUUAAAUUUUUAAAAUGGAAAUUAUACAAUUUUAAAAGAUUUUUUGCAUAUAUGGACUAAACAUUAACUAUACGUAUUUUACAAAAAGCAUUUUAACUUCAAACGGAAUGCCAAAUUUGGCGCAAAAAUAAAAAUUUAAAUUUUUUAAGUGUAAAAUGGCUUUUUUAAAUAACUUUUUUUUAAAAUUUGGCUUAUACUUGUUUAAGCAAAGGGCAAAAUAUGACAAUUUAUGACAUGUAGUUUUCUAAAAGCUGAAUUUUUUAGCGGGAAGAUGGCAUUUUUUGAGAGAAAAGUUGCCUAAAAACGGCGUAUUUAAAAAAAUAUUCAACAAAUUGAAAAAAAUGACAUUUCAGAUACAACUCGGUAGUGGGAACGUCAGUAAUAUUCGACCUGACAUUUACCGAACAAAAUCCAUCGGUCGAAAAAAUCUUAAUCGAAACGGUGAAAAAGGGGCAUUUCGGUUCAUUGACCGUUUCGGCCGAUGGCUUUGAAGUGGCCGAACAUCAAGGUAAUCAGAGUUCUACUAGGGUUUGUUUGGUGUGUUUUUAAAAAAUGUUAAAUCUAUUAUAGUUUAUUAUACAGGAGUUGCACUGUAUUUCUUUUUUAUGUUGCUAUCUUUCCUUAUGUUUAUGUUUUGCUUACUAUUCCUUUUUUUACUGUCGGUAUAAGGUUAAUGUACUAAUUAUUAAAAUAUACCUAAAAGUAUUGAAAGCUGUCGAAAAUGAUACUCAAGAUCACUUUUUCGGUCAAAAAGUGUAAAUUAUGUCAAGAUAUAAGGAGGAAAAGAGUAGAAAUGAAGAGAUAGAAGAAAUGAGCAUAUAGGUAUGAGCUUCACACUAUGAGGAGGAAAUAAUUUUGAAACUAAUAAAAGUUUUUAGCCAAUUCAUCAAGAUUAACGCGUCAUUGUGCUGAUGGAAGUACUCCCGAGUUUAGUUUGUAAGUCUUUUUUUACCUAUUAUCUUAUUCUACCCUACCCUACCCUACCCUACCCUACCCUACCCUACCCUACCCUACCCUACCCUACCCUACCCUACCCUUCUCUAUCCUACCCUACCCUACUCUACUCUACCCUACCCUACCUUACCCUACCCUACCCUACCCUACCCUACCCUACCCUACCCUACCCUACCCUACCCUUCUCUAUCCUACCCUACCCUACCCUACCCUACCCUACCCUACCCUACCCUACCCUACCCUAACCUAUCCUACCCUACCCUACUCUACCCUACUCUACCCUACCCUACCUUACCCUACCCUACCCUACCCUACCCUACCCUACCCUACCCUACCCUACUCUACCCUACCCUACCUUACCCUAACCUACCCUACCCUACACUACCCUACCCUACCCUACCAUACUCUACCUUACGGAAAAACUUUUAAUAAAACUGCUUUUAGGCACGGCAGUACCUAUUGCUGGAGUGACGCGGUUUGCCCGACUGGAUUCGCUUGUGUUGAUGCACAAUGCUGUCAUUCUUCUGGACGUAGGUUUAAAAAACACCAACUGAUAAUUGAAAAAGACAAAAGAAUAUGAGAAUACUGCAAUCUGUUUGCAAUUUGAUGCACUGCCAUUGCACACACGACGUUAUAGGGUACUUGUACUGUUAGAUAGGUAACUUUGGGAUUAUGUUAUGUAUUGAAGUUUCGUUUUAUAAAGAAUAAGAGAUUUAUCUUCUAAGUACAUUUGAAAGGAUGCUUUGGAGUUUAUACAGAUUUAAAAAUUUAGUAUGAACUGCCCUAGCUCUAGCCUUAGCAGGGUGUACAGGCCUGAAUUCAUGUAGGCUUAACCUGUCUGGACUAAUUUUGUAAUGAUUUUUUAGUUGGGGUUAUACUAUAGUAAGUGCUAUAAUUGUAGAUAAGCUAAAAAAAGAGUUGCAUAUAUUGAGAUAGGAAGUAUGAAAAAUCUGGAAAGUCAGUUUAAAAUUGACAAAACACAAAAAAAAUAUAAAAUGCUUAACGUUUCUGGGUAUAUUCUUGGUGCUAGUGGUAUUGCUCAUAAUACAUAUCUUACUACAGUUAACGGGUAACUUUAUGGCACUAAUCACUCACUCCUUCUGUUUUAUUUUGUAUUGUACUGCUGUUUUUACCUUGUGUUAUAUACGUUAUCUGUCAUUGCGAUCACUAACUUUAUAAGCCACAAGCUUUACUACUAAUUUCUAUUGCUGUGCCUAUGAUAACCCUAACUCUGCCAAGCUUUUAUCACACUUAAGGCACGUAUUAUGUUUUAGCUAACGGUGAACCGAAGCACUGUGUGGACACGGCGUGGGAAUGCGACGGCGGGCGUUGUUUGCCGCUGCAAAAACGUUGCGAUCACGUCGUGGACUGUUCUGAUGGCACUGAUGAGCUUUUAUGUGGUAGUUUUUGUUCGCUUUUUGUUGGCUUAAUGCUUUGUUAUGGGCUUAUAGGCUUAUAUUUGGCAUUUAUCUAUGAAUAUGCGUUUUUAAGGUUGGGGGUGAUUUUAGGAGAAUAGAAGGGGGGGGCGGGAGGGGGAUUUUUUUUUGAAAAAUUGGAAUUUUGAAAAAUGCACAGGAUUUUAGGCCUUGUAAAAAAAUUUUCUGUACAGAAAGAAUUUUUAUGCGUUUAACGAUUACUGUUAAAAAGUUUUAAGGUGGGCGUGGUAAAAAGAUUAUCCCGCAUAUUUUUUGGGUAAGGGGAUAUUUUUCUGCCGUCUUCAAUGCCACACUCUGAUCACCUCAUAAAUACACCUCACAUUAUAUCUUGUUAUAAAUUAUCAAACUUUACUUUUUCAAAUUUGUAUUCAAAAUUUAAAAAAAUUUUUUUUGGUUUUUUUAGGAAAAUGCCAUUUCUAACCCACCCCUUUUAGAGAACCAAAAGCGAUCAGUGAAGCAUCACUGUGAUGAAGACGAAUUUCGUUGCAAAAACGGUCAAUGUAUUGAUAGUAACUUGGAAUGUAACCGAAGAUACGAUUGUCCUGAUGGAUCGGACGAACUUCAUUGUGGUAGGUCAUGACAUUUUUCACCUUUGUUGGUUGUAUGACUUUAUCAGGCUUUUAUAUGGCAAAUUCAAUCUUUGAUAGGGUUAAUUGUUUUAGCUUUUAAACGUUUUUAGUUAUUUUAUGUUGUUUUUGACUAUUCGUCGUAUUUUUGGUUCGUUUUACUAACGUUUUAGCUUUAUUAUUAUAUUUAUACAACUGUACCGGGGCGUAUUUUACAAAAAAGUUUUAUUUUUAUAAUUUUUAGUUUAAAAAAUUGGCUUUAGUCUACUUUGGAAUGGCAUUUUAUAGUAAUUUUCAUAUUGUCUAUUGGCGGACAUGUUUGAUCGUAUAACAUGGAAAUACAGCCUGCAAAAUGGCUUAAAAACUGCUUUUUUUAUUACAAUUUUAACGUUUCGAACGAAGACUAUAUUAAAAAGGAUUUAAGAAUUGAAUUUACAAAAUAAAAAUUCUUUUUAAAUUGAAAAUUUUGAAUUUUUAAAAAUUUUAAAUUUUGAAAUAAAAAAAAAAUUAAAUUUUCUUUUUUAUACCAACAACUAAAGCAAUAUUUUUACGUUUCCUAAGUUCAUACUAACAAACUCUAUAGAUUACUUUGUAAACCACCCCCACUACCAACCAACCACCACCACAUACGCACCACAAGAGCUGCAAUCAGCUCAAGAAGCUCGUCGAGAGUGCACUGAUCAAGAAUUCCAAUGUUCAGCAGGGCAAUGUAUUCAUUACGACAAGAUUUGUGAUGGUAACGAUGACUGUGGUGACCGAGCGGAUGAAGCUACAUGCGAUUCAGAUGAACUGAAUGUGAAGAAAGGCUGUGGUCAACACGAAUACACUUGUCAUAAUGGCGAUUGUAUUGAUGUUAGGAGGAAAUGCGAUAGGAAUUACGAUUGUCGCGAUGGCAGCGACGAAACUGUUUGUGGUAUGUGUUGUCAUGUCGCUGUGAAUAGUGGGGUAUGGAGGUGGAGGAGGGUAGAGUAGGGUAAUUUAGGGUAGGAUAAGUUAUGGUAGAGCAGGGCAAGGUAGGGUAGGGUAGGGUAGAGUACAUUUCACGGUAGGGUAGGAUAAGGUAGAAUAGAGUGGGGUAGAAAAGGUUAGGUUAUGGUACGACGUGUCACGGUAGGAUAGAAUAUAGUAAGAUAGAAUAGGGUAGGGUAGGUUAGGGGUGAGAAGCGAGCCGGGCCUAGUUUUUAAGCUCAAAGUUUAGGCCCAGCUCGUUAUUAUUUUUACCUCAGGCUGGCCCGAUUUUUUUACGUACAAACGGGUAGUUGAAGGUUGGCGCGGCCCGUUUCUCAUCUUUAGGGUAUAUGCUAUGCCAAAACAGAAUAGAGCAGACUACGGUAGGGUAAGUUAGGAUAGGGUAGGAUAUGGUAAAGUAGGUUAGGAAAGAGUAAUGUAGAGCAGGGUAGGGUAACGUAUGGUAGUGUAGGGUAGAAUAAUGUACGGUAGUGUAGAGUACGGUACGGCAGGGUACGGUAGGAUAUGGUAUAUAGUAGUGUUUUUGGUUUUUGUGAUAGUAAAAGUAAAACAUAAUUUUGUGUUAUGUUAUCGUAUAUGUUUAGAUUUGAUGUUCAAGGACAUUAUGAUUAGUUUUUUAAUAGUUUUUGCUUAUUUUUUAGUUUUUUUUAAAUUUUUUUUUUAUUUUUAUGUUUCACAUUUUAUUUUUUAUUUUUAGGUUCUCUUUGUUUAUGCUCAAACUAACAAAUUCAUUUUAAAAAAGUUAUAAUAAACUAAUAUUUAGACUACUUUAACCGUGUUCAACAGCGACCAACGACUCCACCCCAUGUGUUGGAACAGCAACGUCGUGAACAAGAAGCUGAACGACGACGAAUUCAUGAAGAACAUUUGAGAAGAGUCGAGGAGGCAAGAAGGGAACGUGAACGAUUGGUAAGUAUUUUGAAGUUUUAAGUUUUUUUUUUAAAUUUUAUUUAGGGUAGGGCGUAAAGAAAGUUUUUGUUAUUUUAUGGUUUGUAAAGAAAGUUUAUUGCCUUUUUUUUUGUUAUGUAAAGAAAAUUCUUGUUAUUUUUUGCUUUGUAAAGAAAGUUCUUGCCGUUUUUAUCGCUGUAAGGAAAGCUCUUGAAGUUUUCUGUUAUAUAAAGAAAGUUCUUGCCAUUUUAAGCUUCGUAAAGAAAGUUUUUGCAAUUUUUUGCUUUGUAAAGAAAGUCUUAGAGCCGUUUUACUGUUUAUGUUAUUUCAGGACGCAAUUCAAUCAAACCAAGUAAAGUCAGCCGAGAUCUCAUUCGACGAAGGGUGUAGUGAUGAUGAAUUCACUUGUAGUAAUGGAAAAUGUAUUGACAAGCGACGGAAAUGUAAUCAAAUUCACGAUUGUAGUGACGGAUCGGAUGAGGAAGAUUGUGGUAGGUUUACUGCGUUAUUUUGGAUUUUACUGGAGUAA